AUGUAUGCAGUUCUGAAGGUGAAGGAGAAGAUGUCCUCCUCGAAUUCGCCUUGUGCAGSUUGCAAGCUUUUACGCCRUAAAUGCACGCAAGAAUGUGYUUUUGCACCAUAUUUCCCACCGGACCAGCCUCAGAAAUUCGCCAACGUACACAAGGUAUUCGGAGCCAGCAAUGUAACCAAAAUCCUUAACGAGCUAAACACUACCCARCGAGAGGAUGCUGUUAAUUCGUUGGCCUAUGAGGCUGAGGCACGGCUAAGGGACCCGGUUUACGGGUGUGUCGGACUAAUCUCAAUYCUCCAGCACCGGUUAAAGCAAGUCCAGAGUGAUUUACACAAUGCGAAAUUAGAAUUGGCUAAUUACAUUGGCCCUUCUGCGAUGUUGCCUAUUUUGAAUCCGGGGUUUAUCCCACAAAUCCCGAACAUGCCAUCAUCAUCGGUGCCGGUUUUACCGUACAACAUGCAGCCGAUGAUGGGCAUGCCAGGACCCGGAAAUUUCCGAGACUCGCAGCAUCAUCCGCAGAUACUUGAGGCGCAGCAACAGCAACAGCAACUGGUGGCUGUUGCUAAUUCUAGGGAACAACAGGAUAUGUUAAGGAACUACGAGCAACAGCAGCAGCAACAACAACCACCGCAACAGCAGCAGUCAUCGGCUGAUCUGGUCAGGUUUAAUGGAGGAUUUGAUGCUCCUGGCGGGUCUGGGCAGGUGACUGGGGGCGGGUUCUGCCCCAUGACGGCUCAGGCAGCCAUGUCACCAUCUUUAGCGUUAGGUAGUUCUUAUGUUAAUAACAUGUACCAGAUCCAACAGCAGCAGCCACAGCAAGAACAAAAUCAUCACCUCCACCACCAUCUUCAACCGCAUCAAMUUUUGCUGCCGCAAGAAAGUCAGCAGCCACCGCCGGCGCAGAGAGCCGCCAGCGAGGAGGAUCGGAACGUUGCUCCUUCGUGUUGAUUUUGGUCAUACUCCGCUCCGCACCUUCCCUUCUGCAGCUACUAAUCCUCGAAUAUAAAAUUUUCAUUCCAGUUUGACAAGAAUAAUAAGAGAAUGGAGUUAUAUCUGAUAGCAUUGAUUGUUAGGUGGAUGAAUAUCCCUUACAAGUGAAAGGAAAGUUUUAUUCAAUUCCACCGGCACACUUGAUCCUCCCUCCUUCAAUGUCAAUGACACACAUCGAUUUCUGAAAAAGAAAUAWAAAACCUUUGGGAUUCUUGUUUUUCUUUGGG